UAAGCAAUAAUCUUUCAUUCUCAGUGCAUUAGUGCAAUACCCCUUAUUGCUUUAUUAUACCGCCACAUUUUCAAAAGGUAGGGUAUUAUACUUGAGCCUUCAGUCUCAGCACGGAAAACAAUCUCCUAGCCAUUUAGUACACUGGACCUGACUUUUCACCCGCCCAACAGGUAACCUAUACUAGAUAGAAUUGAGAAUGAAGUUGGUCCAUUUCCUUGCCUUUUCUCUGGUCUUGGUUCAAGCUGCUUUUGGGGACUUGGUAUGUGAGGAAUUGGCUGUUGGUGUCUGCUCUUUUUCAAUUGCAUCUUCCGGGAAGCGAUGCGUGUUGGAGACUUAUGCAUCUGGCGACGGAACUAUGAAAUUGCAGUGCAAGACAUCGGAGGUGGUGGUGGUGGGGACUGAUAUGUAUAUGCGUGAACAUAUUGAGACAGAUGAAUGUAUUGCUGCCUGUGGGGUUGAUCGGAAAUCCCUGGGAAUAUCGUCUGAUUCCCUCCUCGACCACCGUUUCACCGCUAAACUUUGCUCCCCACAAUGCUACCAAAACUGCCCCAACAUUGUUGAUCUCUACUACAACUUGGCCUCCGAAGAAGGAGUUCUUUUACCAGACCUCUGCAAGGCACUAAGGACCAGUUCUGGUCGUGCAAUGACGUCACGCUUUCUGAGCUCUGGUGCCGCCUUUGCUCCGGCGUCCACUGCGGCGGCAGCUCCGACAUCAGAAGCGGCGGCUUUUGCUCCAACUUCGACUGCAUCUGUUGAUUGUGCUCCAGCACCUAUGUAAAAUCACAAAAUAUUAUCACUAAUGGUUAUUAUAUAUAUGUUUUAUGGUUUGACGAUAUGAUCUUUAAAUUACAUAUAUAUUCCUCUUUGUAUGUAAGAUUGUAGUGUAUUGUAAGUAUUCCUUCUUUAUUUAUGCAAAUAAAAUAAUUCAUGUUAGAGUAACCUCAAUAGCUCUUGUUUUUUAUUUUCAAGAUUUUUGAGGUACCAAUUAAAAAAGAGAGAAGAGAGAAAGAAAAACGGAGAAAAAAGAAAAAACAGAAAAAGAUAAAGGUCGACAACAAAUAAAAAACUAAAAAAGGCUAUAAAUAUACGCGCCCAG